UCCGAACGGCUAGUCCAGGUGGCGCGCCUAUGUGCUUUCAGUUUGUGUCGUUCUAUAAGACUUGUUGUGGACAUAUUUACCAGUCAUGUGGCCAAACAUUCCUGUCAGUUGAUGCGCUCUAACAGACAUGGAUUACCCAUGAGGUUUGGAUUGUCGUGAUUGGAUUGUCGUCUGGUUUGGAUAGUUGUGCAGUGGCCCACUGUUGCCAUGACAACUCAGGUGUCUAAAUGGGUUUGUUACCCUUUAUUUAGGGUGCUGCUCCCGAUCAUCUUAUUGGCAGCCUGUGCAGUGAGGUACAAUGCACUGUCAUUUAUAUACCUCGUGUUUCUGCUGGCAUGGCCGUUGUUACCUACACCAAACCGAGUCAACAUCAAAGGUAACACAGGAGCCUACCUGAAAUGUAUGAUAGUGGUGAGUGCUUUAGGUACUCUCGCUCACAUUGCCUUCCACAUAGCCCUGGCGGCAGGCAGUGCACCAUAUGGAUCGGUCCUACAGAACUGUUCCACUCCAGAAGAAGUAGCCAGACAGAUAGCAGUAGAAAGACUUGACGGUGUGCCGUUCUUGGAUAUCCUACGCCUUGUCUGUCCUGAUGUGUUAGUACUUAUUGUGUCAGUUCUUGUGUUUGCUGUGUGUUACAAACUAUUGGCCCCACAGCCCACUGUAAGUGGACAAGGAGAAACAGCAUCCACCUCCACCCGCACCAGGAAAAAACGGCCAGUCGACACAAUCGUAUCUUUCCUCGGAGAAUUUGCUAUCGCAAUCCUUUUAGCAGCGAGUGGCAUUAUAGUACCUUCGGCUAUUGGUGCAUUUUAUUUCCUGUCAUUUUUAUACAUCGCCACCUGGUGGGCCUUUUAUAAAAGCCUUGGUUCCAAGUUCGGCUACUUUAAAAUUGUGAUAGUGAUAUGGAGUGGAGUUCACUUGCUGCUCCUACACCUGUACCAGUUCCAGUUUUUCCAGGAGGCAGUACCUCCGGAGCUUCUCGUAUCCAGAAUCUUAGGUCUAACUGGCGUGAUCAGAACGAACUGUUCCCAGCCAUGGGCUAUAGAAUACUACGACCCCUACAACUGGCCCCACUUUGUCAACCCCGCCAUCAUCCUGGCCCUCUAUGUCACCGCAGCCGCCGGCACCAGACAAUGGAUCAACAGAAAGAGAUGUAACCUUGAUGAGGCGGAUGGUUUGGACAUCGAAGAUAAGCAAGGAAAGCGUCGACGUCCCAAACCGACUGAGCGACAGGUAGCUCAUGAAGUUCAGGAAGGACAGACAGAGCACCUUGUGACUGCAGGAGAGGGGCCCUCCUACAGCAGUUUUGACCCCGUAGAAACACCAGAGGGCGGUGCCUCAAAUCAGCCGGACAACGGGAGUCCUACGAUGUCUGUGGCAUUUGAAAGUGAUGAUGAAGCCGAUGGGGGAGGAGGCAGGAAAUCGUCCCGACGGAAAAACUGGAAACGUCCGGCUAUGGUGUCGUUUCUUGUGUACGUGAUGAAACAGAGCUACGUUCUGACACUAAUUGCUAUGAUGGCCUGGAGUAUAACCUUCCAUAGCUGGCUGACGUUUGUCAUGUUGCUAAGCGCCUGUUUCAUCUGGAUGUUACCGUCGUCAAGGAGGGUAUGUCUGAUGUUGUCUCCCGUCAUCGUCUUCUACGGCGAGGGUCUGCUCAUCAUUCAGUACGUGUACGGAUUUGACCUUCCUGAUGAACUACCGGAAAAGAUGGGAAAAGUCAAGCUGUCCGAAAUUGGUCUACAGAAGUUUCCUUAUCCAUGUCUUCAGUUAGCAUUGCAGCUGCUGUUUACCUUUACAUUCUGGAUGACGAUGCGACAGUUCAUGCGUGAGCGAGCCUUCCUGAAACAGGAUCACCCUACAGAAUAUGCCCUGAAUCAGCUUCAUCAACAUGAGACCAAUCCUUCGUCCAUCAAGUCACUCUUCACCGGUUGGAUCCAGUUGAGUGUGCUGACCGGUGGUAUAGGAACAGAUGGUUUGCCCAUGCCGUUGGAUUCAGUUGAUGGUUACGACAGUAAGACUAUGAAGGAUUUAGGUAGCUAUAUCUGGUCCAUGCUGUCGAAGUACUGGAUAUUUGUGUGUGCUGGGAUGCUGCUGCUCAUUUCCAUACAAGAUGUGGUCAUCUAUAGAAUCAUCUACCUCGUUUUCUUCGUCUACUUCAUCUUGGCGUUCCAGGUGAGCUAUAAGCUCUGGCGACUGACGAUGUUCGGGUUCUGGUGGGCCGUCAUCAUUUACUCCAUGUGUGUACUCAUCAUGUUGUACACAUACCAGUUCAGUGAUUUCCCCGAUUACUGGAGGAACGGCACGGGACUCUCUGACGAAGUAUUGUCGGACAUUGGUCUCGAGAUCUUUGACACCGCAGGUUUAUUUGAGAAACUGCUGACACCAACAACAUUCCUCAUUCUCAUCAUCCUUCAAGUCCACUACUUCCACAAACCCUUCCUACUGCUCAGUGAUCUGGAAAGACACAGAAAGGAGGAGAUACCCCAACCAGUAGGUUCUAUGACGACGGACACUGAAGGAACCUCGGAUAGCGAGGGUAUCAUCCUUAAACAUACCAAGAAGAUGAGACGGAGAAUGAAGUACUACUUCCUGAUAGCGUGGUCACGGUGCAGUGCCUGGUGGACCGAUUUAUCACGACUCCUGUGGAGGAUUGCUCAGAUUCACAUUUUCAAGGUCAUCGUUUUCACGAUCUUCAUGGUCGCCAUUCAGGAGAUAUCUGCCAUCAGUGCUGUGUACGUGAUACUACUUGGAAUAUUUCUUCCUUUGACGGCCGGCUGGAAGUUGAUGUCCCUGCUGUGUCAGCUAUGGACGUCCACUGUUCUCCUCUCUAAAACCAUCUACCAGCUGAAUAUUGUGGAGAAGGACUAUUGGAUUUCCAAUUGUUCUAUGGUGGCUGGAAACAAUUCGGGGAACAAUACAACUAACGUCAUCAACCCUUUUGUCAACGGGACCAUCGACAACGCAGAAUGGGUCGGCUUUAACAAGACAGAGGAUCUUUCCUUCUAUCUCAGGAACCACAUCGCCAUCCUACUGUUGAUUGCCUUCGAGAGAAUAGUGUUUUACCACCAACAACAACACUACAACAGGGCCAGCUUCGUGAAGCCCCCUCGCGGGAUCAUCUUUCCGGAGAUAAGACGCCCCGACGCAGACAAAAACCUCAUCUCGUGCGCCAAGUUUUUUGCCAACUACUUCUUUUACAAGUUUGGUCUGGAGGUGUGUUAUGUGAUGUUUGCUGUGACGAUCAGUGUCAGGGUGGAUGCCUACAGUGUUUUGUAUGCCGUCAUACUCGGCACGUUGCUGUUCCUGUCCCGACGACAGAAUGCCACCAUUUGGCCGCUGUUCACUAUUUUUAUUGCCAUAUUGCUGCCUCUUCAGUAUGUCCAACGCCUCGGCCUUCCAACGGGACUGUGUAUAGAAUACCCGUGGCCAUGGGACGAUGAUCAAGUCACGGAGAACUUAGACAGAUGGCUUGUUUUACCAAACUACUUUAUAUCACAGUGGCCAGAGGCCCGGAAAUUAGUCGCUGACUUUUUCCUGUUGCUGUUCAUGGCCCUACAAUGGCAAGUGUUCCGUAAAGAAUCGGGGCCCAAUAUGGCAACCUACGGAGGGGGAGACAACUACGACAUUUUACUGGACGUUGAGGGCAAUGUCCCAAAUCCUGUGGAAGAUUUUACCAGUGUUGUAAAAUCAUAUUUAGAUAUAGCCAAGAGUGGAUUCUUCGUGUACAUGUACUGGGCGACCAUGUUUAUCGUGUUCCUGGCGGGCGUGACUCGUAUCAACAUCUUCAGUAUGGGCUAUGUGAUCGCAGUUUUCUGCUUCAUGUGGUAUGGACAGGAGUUCCUUCUCAAGCCUCUCCGCAACAUCAGAAAAAGCUGGAAUUUACUAAUUGGUUACAACUUUGCGGUACUGUUCCUGAAAGCUUCACUGCAGUUGCUUGGCUGUGUCUACAUCAACAAGCUUUAUGACGGUAACUGGUGCUGGCUGGUCCAACUUCUGGGUCUAACGUGUCUCACAUCUCCCGAUAUAUCGUCCGCCAGUAAUUGGCCAAAAGAUUGUACAGUCGAGGAGGAUGACACGGGCCUGAUGUGGGACGUCAUCUGUUUUACGUUCCUCCUACUACAGCUACGGAUCUACAACAGUCACUACUUCAGGCAUGUGGUGUCAAGUUCCGAGGCCCAGAACAGACUAGCAUCCAGAGGUGCAGAACUUAUUAACAGCAUCCUGGUCCAUUAUGUGAAACAACAGAAUGAGGACGAACAGAGUGUUCUCCUGGGGAUUAAGAUGAAGAUGGAAAGUCUGAAGGAGAAACAAAAGGCCAAAGUCAGGAAGGAUUACAUCGAGACGGAGGAACAUUUCCAAGCGAUACGGUCUGGUGACUACUUCUUGUUUGAUGAAGAUGAAGAGAAGGAUGAUAAACGUAAAGUUGAUAGCGUGACGUUUGGAGAAGGGAAACCAGAGGAUGAAGAUGGCAGACUUAGUCCUACCGCACUCAUCAGCACAGCCAUCACCUCUGGAGCCGGCGCGGCGGUGGACAUGGCUGAUGAGAAGGAUGAAAAGGAGGCAGGACAGCAGAAAGAAAAGGACAAAGAUGAACAACAGUCUGAUGAUGACUCAGAUAAAGAAACAUAUGUACAGAAGUCGUGGGACUUCAUCAGGUUCAUGGCACGGCUACUGGAAAGCUUCGCUGAUUGGCUGAUCGAGAUGUUCAACGACAUAUCCAAGAAUUACCGCAUGGUUGCUUCUACGCUUGAGGAAGAAAUGAAAGAAGAAAAGAAGAAAAUACAUGCUGAACGGUGUCAGGUGACCUCAAUGGAGGAGCACCGACUCGACCUUGAUAUCUCGGGUGAUGAGGACGGGGCCGACGCCACUGACGGUCAACCCACCUCAGAUAUAACGGAGUUAGUGGAAAUUACGACGGAGAGAGAAACGUUACCACCAACAGGGGAGGAUGAUGGUGACGGUUCGUUAGGCAGCAAGAAGAGUAAAUUCGAGAGGAGCAAGCCGAAGAUUUUCCUGCUGCUAGAGGCGUGUUACUACCUCAUCAUUUCACGCUCGGAGAUGGUCUGUUAUUUCCUUAUGAUCCUUAACCAGAUUCUCAACGCCAGCCUGCUGUCCCUGCCACUACCUCUAAUGGUGUUCCUAUGGGGGAUGUUGUCUGUCCCCCGCCCCUCCAAAACAUUCUGGAUCACGGUCAUCACCUAUACAGAGGCCAUCGUGGUAGUCAAGUACCUUUUCCAGUUUGGAUUUUUCACUUGGAAUGAAGGUCUCCCUCCCCCCUCUCCAUUCUGGCCGCCUCGGAUUAUCGGAAUUGAAAAGAAGGAUGGAUACGCCUACGCUGAUCUCGUACUUCUCCUGGCACUUUUCAUUCACCGGACUAUCCUCAAGCGUUAUGGCCUGUGGAAGGAUGCUGAAGACAUCGAUGCGGACUUCAAGGAGAUAGAAAAGGUUAUCAGUCGACCGAGCUCUCCACUGCCAGAGGACGAUGCUGACGCUACCCCCUGGACAGACUCCACAGCAUCCACCAGUCUGCAGGUGACUUCGAUAGAGGAAUCGGGAAUGGACGACUUUGACCGCGGCAAACAGAAAAAGUCUAAGAGGAAGAAGAAAUAUUUCCAGCCGUUCACAGAUUUCUAUAAGCAGUUGACAAAUCCCGACUACAACGCCACAAUUGAUGUGUACGCCUCCAUGUUCUUCUGUGACUUCAUCAAUUUCCUGAUCGUGUUAUUUGGUUACCAGGCAUUCGGACCAGCCCAAUCAGCCGGAGGAGGAGACGUGACAUCGUAUCUCCGCAAUGACAGGGUCCCUGUGACAUUCCUGUUCAUGCUGGUCACACAAUUCAUCCUCAUCAUUGUUGAUCGAGCUCUCUACCUCAGGAAAAAUGUGAUGGGCAAAUUCAUCUUCCAGAUCUUCCUGGUUGCCAUGAUACACAUUUGGUUGUUCUUCAUCCUGCCGUCUGUCACAGAAAGAAAGUUUACCGAGAAUAUACCAGCCCAGCUUUGGUACUUUAUGAAGUGUAUAUACUUCGGUCUGUCGGCCUACCAGAUCAGAUCCAGCUACCCAACACGUAUCCUCGGAAACUUCCUUACGAAGAAGUAUAACUACCUCAACCUCUUCCUCUUCAAAGGGUUCCUUGCCAUUCCGUUCCUACUGGAGUUACGAGUGCUGAUGGACUGGAUCUGGACAGAUACGACGAUGGCCAUUGGCAGCUGGUUACAGAUGGAGGACAUUUAUGCCAACAUUUAUGUGUUGAAAUGUUGGAGAGAGGCAGAAAGAAAAUACCCGACACCCCGUGGUCAAAAGAAGCGGUCACUGAUAAAAUACGGUAUGGGAGGCUCGCUCUUGAUACUGGUCAUCUUCAUCAUCUGGUUCCCGCUGGUCAUCUUUUCUCUGGCCAACACCGUAUUCGUCCCUAACCCGCCCAUAGACUGUACGGUUACCAUAGCGAUAGGAGGAUUCCAGCCAUUGUUUAAGAUGACGGCACAGUCCCAGGCGAUCAGCACGCUGUCGACGGGAGAGUACAACUCAUUACGAGAUUACUACUCUAACAAUAGGGAAGCUCUUGGAUUCCUUAGUAACUAUGAGGCUGUGGACAUAUCAAGGAUCUCGCUCAACGGGAAGUCAACUUCCGUGUGGGGCAUCAGUCCGCCAAGUCAGCAGGAGCUCAUCGAUACUCUAAAACAGAACACCAGUAGUAACAUUGAGUUCUACCUCAGCUUUACCAGGACACCGAGUUCAUCAGAAAUGGGAGAGUCCCUGAGUAAUGAAUUCACCACAAAACUGGAUUCUGGUACACAGAACCUUUUAUCCCAGAUUGUGGAGCACAUGCACGGGGAUAAAGUAGAGGUGGAUAAACUCUUCCCGAGGUUUAUACAUCUGCCGAGUAAGGGGCGAGCUACCGAGGUCCGCGAACUCUUGUUUGGUUCCUCGAUCCAGUACAGUAAUGUAUCUUUAAGCCUAAUGAACGAUACAAUUGCCGAGUGGUGGCAAGCACAGGAGAUCGUGUAUGGAGACAAUAUAUUUAGUCCAAGCUCAGACGAUACCACUAAGAGAUUCCUUGACGAUCUUACGCUCAUCACCUUCAACGAUCGUGUCGCACCAGAGGGAUUCUCCUUCAUUACAGGAUACGGCAUCAUCGGACUGUACAUUACAUUCAUCCUUGUGAUUGGCCGGAUUCUGCGUCUGAGUACGACUGGAUUUGUCGAGCUAAUUAUGUACCGAGAGCUUCCGUAUGUAGACAAUGUCCUUCAGCUAUGCCUUGACCUUUACCUGGUGCGGGAGAUGAGGGAAUACCGCCUCGAGGAGGAUCUCUAUGCUAAACUACUCUUCGUGUUCCGUUCAUCGGAAACACGUAUCACCUGGACACAGUUACCACGGCGACUAAUUGUCAACCAGGACAAGAAAAACGAUUAAAACAAUGAAAUAUUUAGUGUAAAGCUUAUUUAUACAUGUUUAAUGAUAGUUUGUACUCGAUGCUUCAUGUGUGUGCUUAUAUUGUAGACAAACAUGUGAGACAUGAUUAGAUGUAAGAUUAUAUAUAUGCUUUAAACGUAUCUUGUAAUCGUGAAUUAUUGUCCAUUGUACGAUAUAUUUCAAAUGUAUUCCUCUUUGGGUUUUUUUUUUCCCGGUAAAAUCUCACGAGAAACCAUUUUACUGGUAUUUUAUGGUACCGUAAUUAUUCCAAUAUUUUAUAUAUAUUAUAUUGAUGUACAUCGACGGCAUUUUUUUUUUUUUUAAGAUUUUCAAAUGUAAAAUGAAGAUGUAUUGAUGAAUAUGUCAGAAGAAAAAUCAGUGAAAAAAGUAACACUCUACACAUGUGUUAAUUGCAGCUAAUUUUUACCAGAUCUCUUGAGUUUGUUGUAUACUUAAUUUCAAUUUGCUAGUUUUUUAUCCAUGACAAAUACUACUUUUAUGAUGUCAAGUUAUCUGCCCUUGAAUUCUGAAACUGUCUUAAAACAAGGCUAUAUUUUCAUUUUUAGCAUUCUUAAUAGUUCAGGGAAUUGUUUAUGAAAUAAAGACUAAUUUAUAAAUUAGUGACUUACUAGUGGGCAUUUACUAAAAAUUUCAAGGUAAGAAUUUCAAGGCCUGUAUUAACAUAAUGUUGGUAAAUGUGGUUGUCUCCCCUUUAGUGCAGAAACCAUGCAUUUGUACUUGCUUUUCAUCUGUAAUUAGGGCAUUUUUCAAUCAGGGCAUUAUUCAUGCCACCGCCAUGAAGGAGAGG